GGCGUGGACUGUUGUACACAGACAGCAGUAGAAAUUAAUUUAGCUAGAAAACGCUAACUUGUUUAUUGUCUUGCUUAAUAAAGCUUGGCUGUGGAUCCUUUUUCCUGGUGGGGUAAUAMUACAAGAGUUUGCCAUUCCGAUGUGAUAUUGCAUGCGACGAAAUGAACGGGAAGGCAGUGACUGUAACCKUAGCGUUACGUUAGCUGGGUCACUGCCCGUCUUAUCUAGCAUUUCUGUCGGUUUUUGUCSGGGUCAAAUCCUGAACUUGGUCGAAUGAAGACUGUGGGUGGUAUUGGUAAAGUUGUCAAGCCUGUCAGCAGUCUCCUAGAAUGCAAGCUCCGAAGGACAACUUCUUCUACUCAAMCAGCAGGAUAGGAGCUGACGGGGUGUUUGAAGAUGACCGGCAUGUUCUGGUGGAGGAACAGAAGUCAUGCAGGGCCCGAGCUCGCUGCUUCUYCCUGGAAACCAACCGACGAAGGAAGGUUCUGGAGGAGAGGAAGAAGCUGUGGGAUGUCCAGGAACAGAGGCUGAGGGAGAACAUCCUACAGCAACGUAAACAGAGAGUCCAGGAUGCUACCGAACGCUUCCAGAGGGCACACCUGCCCCCCUCACAGAGACGCAGACAAUCUUUCGGGAAGAGCACCCUUAAUAUCGAGGAGGCACUUCAUCACAUACAAGGCACCUUGACCUUGAGUUCCUACACCAGACAAUCGUCCACCCCCAACAGGAGCUGCACUUCAUCCCCUAAGCCUCCCCCGACUCCCAGCCCGUCGCUCCACCAGGGGACCCUGUCUGCCCUCGAGGCCUACAGCAAACUGAUGCAGGACAGAACCUACAGCAGUUUCAAGAACAGGCUACUAUUCCUCAGCCUGCUCCAGGACACACAGCCGAGGGACAGGGACGAUCUGCAGGACACACAGCUGAGGGACAGGGACGAUCUGCAGGACACACAGUCCGCAGGGACAGGGUCGGACAAGGAGAAGGAUGAUCUGCAGGACACACAGCUGAGGGACAGGGACGAACUGCAGGACACACAGCCGAGGGAGAGGGACAAGGAGAGGGACGAGCUGCAGGACACACAGCUGAGGGACAUGGUGUUCCUCAAUGAGCUGCAGGACGCACAGCUGUGGGACAAGGAGACCUGUAGCAGUCCACAGCAUCGCAAUGUGACUCAGUCAGAGAGCCUGUCCAGUCUGGAUAGCUUGGAGAUGGAGGACGUCUUAAACCACAACAACACAAUACAGAGGGUCCACAGCUCUUGGUUAGAUCACCAGAAACAUCCCAAUGGUCCAUCCUCUGACUUGUCCUUUUGUCCACCAACAAAGAGAAGUGGUAACCUCCUACUCCAACAGGGCAAAGUUGAUGCUAGCCCUCAGCCCCCCAGACCAAAGCAGACAGAGUCUGUCGAAGAUUGUAACAGCAGACUGCACCAGCUCUCGCAGGCCACUGGGUGGCAGAGUUGUACAGACCAAUCAUCAUCACAGAGUAACACUAUAACCCAGUCCCCACUCCUCAGUGUCAGUCACCACAGCCUGCUAACUCUGAGUGGGAUUAUAGAUACAUCCUCAAUACGUUCAGAUACCGGUGACCAACACUCUCAGCAAAGGGAAAGUCAUCUGAGGAGGGACCACAGAGUCUCAGGGGUCGUAGCGUGCUCUAAGGUUUCUACCCCAGACAGAACGCUGCUAGAGUUCACCUCUUGUCUGACCCCAGAGGGAAAGUUAGAAUUUAGGCAGCAGGUGAGACCCCAGGAGGACAAGUAUUCCAAACAACCGUCUGCGACACAGGUCCUUCUGCCUGGGAAAACUUGCAGCCACAAAGACCUUCUGUGUGAAGCCCCCUCUUCAAACCCUGAUCAUAUCCUCAGUUAUAGCACUAAAAGUAGCUCAGGGGCCCGAGAGGACACCGCCAUCAUUCAGCCAACAAAAAGCACACAACAACAGUCACACUGGAGCAAACCCAGUGUAGAAGAUGCCAUGAUCAACCUCAACAAAGGGACCAACUCUGAACCCAAAGCAGGGUCCAACUCUGAGCCCAAAGCAGGGUCCAACUCUGAGCCCAAAGCAGGGUCCAACUCUGAGCCCAAAGCAGGGUCCAAAUCUGAGCCCAAAGCCGGAAGGUCUAAGAACACAGACCCUCUCAGUCAGACGUUGGGUCAUUGUAAUAUCAGGUCUGACUUCCCUAAAGGCCUGAAGAGCCUGCAGGUGGAUAUAACACCAACACACCUCCCAGAUAGGCCUCCAUCUCCUCCACCUGCAGCUGCUGUCAGCACAGCCACAGAUCAUCAUAAAGGCACUGAAGUCCGAUGCAUAAAGGGAAUUCUUAAAAAACAAUCAAAAUACGGCGUGUCGGGAGGAAACACUUAUUCUAGUAUGUAUAACGCCAGGCAUUUAAUAUUCACCAAACAAUUCAACAWGUCCAUCAGAGAUAGUGUGGAACUGACCAGAAGGAAAGGCAAGGAUGCAGAGGGCAACAAGAUGGUCAAAAAGAAGGUACGCUGGUUUGACGAGGUAAAUCUGGAGGAAGAGGAGGAGAUGAAACAGAGUCCUAUAACAAACAACAAGUGUGUUUCUGAGUAUCCACUACCUCUACAUAAACACUCAGCAUCAUCAGACCACCAACAGGGUCAGGGCCAGACGGUGGCCACCAACACCCCUCUGGCCUCCACCGGCUAUCAUUUUACCAAGCAGGCCUGGGCAGAUGUCAGGAUCCAGGAGAGCAGGCUGCAGGGGCACCAGGGGGUCCAGGAGAGAGGCCAGGAGGCCAGGGAGACAAGAGUGGAAGCCAGGGAGGUCAGGGUCCAGCGGGGGAGCAGCGGGAGAACCGGGUGCCCCAGAGUCCCCAGGAGAGUGAGAUCUGCCAGGGCAGGGAUGGAUCCUGUUUCGUCCCGCUCCAGAAAAGGCACGGUCAUCAGACCCCAAUCUGCUACGGAGGCCAGCAGCCACGUGGCCCGGGUGACCCAUGGGAAGGUCAUGGUGCCUCGUCCCCCGCCCCGCACUGAAACCAUGGAGCCAAAAACACACACAAGACAGACGGAUGCUGUAGUAUCAUACACCACCACCACUCCUUACAACAUAGAUCACACUAAUGACACCACCAAGACUCCUUACAACAUGGAUCCCUUUAAUGACACCACCAAGACUCCUUACAACAUGGAUCCCUUUAAUGACACCACCAAGACUCCUUACAACAUGGAUCAGUCUAACUCUGCUGCUACUAAAGCAGGGAUUCCUGUAGAUGAGGCGUUGUGUAAUAAUAACACCCUGGACAGCUUGGCCCCGUCCCAGACCCGUACACAUGUCAUUAGGGCAGAGAGCGGCGUUAUUUCCAACCCAUCCAAGGCCACCCCCAUGUCAGGCCAGCAGGACGCCCAGGGAGAGGCCGCCAGAUGGGGGCUGCUGUACCAUGAGAAAGGCCUCUGUCUGGACCGUACUCCCACAGACGAGGAGAUCUCCCAGCUCUGGCAUGGAGUCCGUAGUGCCUUAGCCACCAAGGACGGUGACCCUAUAACUGUCCUGCCUCAAGCACACCUAUCUCGCGUUACUAUCAACGGGGACAGCCUGAUCAACGGAGUUAAGGCCACGAUGGGAGACUUCUUCCUCUCUCCAACCAAUGCCAGGAGCGUGGUGAGGAGACAGCCCCAGGAGAGUCGUGGUAGUGGGGCCAGGAGGAGAGGAACCACUGGCUCAGGGAACAGAAGGCUGCCUCUACCCUCCCAGUCUCAGUCUCAGGACAGCUUCCCUUCCUCUACCAUCCUAGUCCAGGUACAGGCUUCCCUUCCUCUACCCUCUCAGUCUCAGGUAGAGGCUUCCCUUCCUCUACCCUCCCAGUCUCAGGUACAGCUUCCCUUCCUCUACCCUCUCAGUCUCAGUCUCAGUACAGGCUUCCCUUCCUCUACCCUCUCAGUCUCAGGUAGAGGCUUCCUUUCCUCUACCCCCUCCAGUCUCAGGUACAGGCUUCCCUUCCUCUACCCUCCUGUCUCAGUCUCAGGUACAGGCUUCCCUUCCUCUACCCUCCCAGUCUCAGUCUCAGGUACAGGCUUCCCUUCCUCUACCCUCCAGUCUCAGGUACAGGCUUCCCUCCUCUACCCUCUCAGUCUCAGGUAG